AAUUGAAUAGGGAAGUAGGAAGUCUCAGAUUGGUUACAAGUUGGGUUCUUUAUCUGAAAAUCGGUGGUAGCCUAUAGGUAAAUAACUACUGCAUUGCUUGUUUAUGCAACUUUGAUUAAGGAUAUUAUGAUUGAAUGGGAUUUGAAGUUUUUACUACUUGCAAUUAUGACAUCUUUUAGCCUGCAUUUUGGUUUUAAAAAGCCUAGGUUUUACCCAAUAUUUAUUUGUUGAAACUCGUUUGAAUCUUGCCUAGGUUUGGUUUGUCUGUUUUGAUGAUAGUGGCUCACAACCUUUUUUUUUCCUCUUGCUUAAAACAUAAUUAUCCAUAGCUUUUGUGAUUGGUUUGAAUUAUUUAGAGCAUUCCAACACAAAUGAAGCGCAUUCCUGAAGAUGUUUCAUUAGAUGACCCGUCUUUGAAUGAGGACGUUACAGUAGAUCCGAUUGUUCGAGGUUUUGUGAAAGACUGGGAUGCUAUGGAAGAUUUAUUACAUCAUGUUCUAUACACUGGUCUUGGUUGGGAGAUGGGCAACGAAGGCCAGAUUUUAUUUACAGAGCCACUUUCCACUCCGAAGGCUGUUAGAGAACAGUUGGUGCAAUUGAUGUUUGAAACAUUUAAUAUCACUGGCUUCUAUGCUUCUGAACAAGCAGUGUUAUCACUUUAUGCUGUCGGGCGCAUCUCAGGCUGCACAGUUGAUAUCGGUCAUGGGAAGAUCGAUAUAGCUCCAGUUAUUGAAGGUGCUGUUCAGCACAUUGCAUCUAGAAGAUAUGAGUUGGGGGGUUUGGAUUUAACAAAUCUACUGGUUAAGGAACUUGCCAAGUCUAACCCUCAGGUGAAACUCAGUUUUCUAGAUGCAGAGAAAAUUAAGGAGAAAUAUGCUUGUUGUGCUGAGGAUGAACUUGCUUAUGAAAAGACUCAAAUGUCAUGCCAGGAAGAGCAACAUGUAUUACCUGAUGGACAGGUGAUUACAAUCGGAAAAGAAAGAUACACAGUUGGGGAGGCUCUAUUCCAGCCGUCUGUUAUGGGUUUAGAGGCUCAUGGCAUUGUAGAGCAACUUGUUCGUAGCAUAUCAACCGUCUCAUCUGAAAACCACCGACAAUUAUUAGAGAACACUGUAGUUUGUGGUGGCACUGCUUCCAUGCCUGGUUUUGAGGACAGGUUCCAGAAAGAAGCUAACCUUUGCUCAUCAGCCAUUCGUCCUUCUCUUGUAAAGGCACCGGAGUAUAUGCCAGAGAAAUUAACCCAAUAUUCGGCAUGGGUGGGAGGUGCGAUACUCGCCAAAGUUGUGUUCCCACAGAACCAGCACAUUACAAAGGCAGAUUACGACGAAAAUGGACCAGCAGUUGUUCAUCGUAAAUGCUUUUAAGCGAACGAAUUUCUAGGUGCUCGUUGUCUGUUAAUACCUAAUGUUAGCGUUAAGAAAGUUGGUAACGUGCUGCGUGAUUACUCAGAAAGGUUGUAAUUGUUAUUGUACAUUAGUGAAACUUUUAGAACCCUGCAACUUUUAAGCUUCUUCUCUAUCAUUGACCCGAACAGGCCUUCUUGUCUGUAGUUAGCUUCAAAUUAUGGUUUCUGCUGUAGUCAAGACUCAAGAUGUUCCUUUGUUUGUGUGUGCUGGUGGAUGGGGCUUCAUUUCCUAUCAAAAUCUCGAAAGGGAAGUUUAAAACUAUUGGAUUGCCUAAAUGAAGUUUUGAAGUCUGACUCUCCC